GUGCUGCUGUGAGCCAGAGGACGAGGGGAGGCCCGUGCGCCCGAGCGCCCGUGCGCCCGAGGCUGCAGCGCCCGCGGGGUGGGGAAGAGGACCGGCCCACGUUGGCGGCUGCAUCUCUAGGUGCCUGGGUGCCUUCCUGGGAACCUGACCUCUCGCUGCCCCGCCCUCGGCACCUCAGUUCCCUUGCCUUCCUUUCCAAUUUUGCCUGCCUUUACCCUGGCCCACAAAAGCCGAAUUUAGACCAGUACCGCGCAGCAGCUGUUGCUGGUGUUGCCGCCUCGCCUCCGAUCUUGGUGUUCUGCCUUGCAUCCCCCAAGGACCCAGUGUUCAGUGCUGACUGCGGGCUGAGAGGGAGGCGCCACUUAGCCUGUCCUCCUGCUCCUCCUGCUGCUGCCGCCGCGGCUGGCGCCCGGUCUGCGCUCACCCAACAUCCCCACCAGCCCGGCCUUGGGACAUCUCCCUGGACUUUGAUUUGGCUGAAGUAACGCUCAUGAGGACUUGUGCACAUGCCUGGAAUAGAGAAACACACUUAAAGGACUUCAGAUUGUUUCCUGCCUCUUGAAAAGCCCAGAAAGCCAUCUCUUUGGAUUCUGGAAUUCUGUAUGUUUCAACCAAGACAUUGCUUGAAUGUUUGCAUUUUCUGCUUGCCGUCUUACUUUUCACUGUUCCGUGUCCACACUUUGUUAAUACUCACAAGUGUCAGGAGCAGAGCUUGUUCAGCAAGCCGGAAUGGCGAGGAGAAGCAUAGUAGCAGCACUUUGCCGACUGGUGCUGAGCUUGCUAAUGACUUCACUAGCUGAGUCUUCCAUAUCAAAUAAUGAGUGUCCACAACUUUGUGUAUGUGAAAUUCGUCCCUGGUUUACGCCACAAUCCACGUACAGAGAAGCCACCACUGUUGAUUGUAAUGAUCUCCGCUUAACAAGAAUUCCUAGCAACCUUUCUAGUGAUACACAAGUGCUUCUCUUACAGAGCAAUAACAUUGCAAAGACCGUGGAUGAACUUCAGCAGCUUUUCAACUUGACUGAACUAGAUUUUUCCCAAAACAACUUUACAAAUAUUAAGGAGGUAGGACUGGCAAACUUGACCCAGCUUACUACUCUGCAUUUGGAGGAAAAUCAGAUUUCAGAAAUGACUGAUUACUGUCUUCAAGACCUCAGCAAUCUUCAAGAACUCUACAUCAACCACAACCAGAUUAGCACCAUUUCUGCUAAUGCCUUUUCAGGCUUAAAAAAUCUUUUAAGGCUUCACCUGAAUUCCAACAAGUUGAAAGUUAUUGACAGUCGCUGGUUUGAUUCUACACCCAACCUGGAAAUUCUAAUGAUUGGGGAAAACCCUGUAAUUGGAAUUUUGGAUAUGAACUUUAAACCCCUCACAAAUUUGAGAAGCUUAGUUUUGGCAGGAAUGUUUCUCACUGAUAUUCCUGGAAAUGCUUUGGUGGGCCUGGAUAGCCUUGAGAGCCUGUCUUUUUAUGAUAACAAACUGGUCAAAGUCCCUCAACUUGCCCUGCAAAAAGUCCCAAAUCUGAAAUUCUUAGACCUUAACAAAAACCCCAUUCACAAAAUCCAAGAAGGGGACUUUAAAAAUAUGCUUCGGUUGAAAGAACUAGGAAUAAAUAACAUGGGAGAACUCAUUUCUGUGGACCGCUAUGCCUUGGAUAACCUGCCUGAACUCACAAAAUUAGAAGCCACCAAUAACCCUAAACUAUCUUACAUCCAUCGCUUGGCUUUUCGAAGUGUUCCUGCCCUGGAAAGUUUAAUGUUGAAUAACAAUGCUUUGAAUGCAGUUUACCAAAAGACAGUAGAAUCCCUUCCCAAUUUGCGUGAGAUCAGUAUCCACAGCAAUCCCCUCAGGUGUGACUGUGUCAUCCACUGGAUUAACUCUAACAAAACCAACAUCCGCUUUAUGGAACCCUUGUCCAUGUUCUGCGCUUUGCCCCCUGAAUACAGAGGGCAACAGGUGAAGGAAGUUUUAAUCCAGGAUUCAAAUGAACAAUGCCUUCCAAUGAUAUCUCGUGACACAUUCCCAAAUCAUUUAAACAUGGAUAUUGGCAAAACAGUUUUACUAGAUUGUCGGGCCAUGGCUGAGCCAGAACCUGAAAUAUACUGGGUCACUCCCAUUGGAAAUAAAAUAACUGUGGAAACCCUUUCAGAUAAAUACAAACUAAGUAGUGAAGGAACACUGGAAAUAUCUAACAUACAGAUUGAGGACUCAGGAAGAUACACAUGCGUUGCCCAGAACGUCCAAGGGGCAGACACUAGAGUUGCAACAAUUAAAGUUAAUGGAACUCUUCUGGAUGGCACGCAGGUACUAAAAAUAUAUGUCAAGCAGACAGAAUCACAUUCCAUUUUAGUGUCCUGGAAAGUUAAUUCCAAUGUCAUGACAUCAAACUUAAAAUGGUCAUCUGCUACCAUGAAGAUUGACAACACUCACAUCACUUACACAGCCAGAGUCCCAGUAGAUGUCCAUGAAUACAAUUUAACACAUCUGCAGCCUUCUACAGAUUAUGAAGUGUGUCUCAUAGUGUCCAAUAUUCAUCAGCAGACUCAAAAGUCAUGUGUAAAUGUCACAACCAAAAACGCUGCCUUUGCACUGGAUAUCUCUGAUCAAGAAACCAGUACAGCCCUUGCUGCCGUGAUGGGGUCCAUGUUCGCAGUUAUCAGCCUGACGUCCAUUGCCGUGUACAUUGCCAAAAGAUUUAAGAGAAAAAACUAUCAUCACUCACUAAAAAAGUAUAUGCAAAAAACAUCUUCAAUUCCACUCAAUGAGCUGUACCCACCACUCAUUAACCUUUGGGAAGGAGACAGUGAGAAAGACAAAGAUGGUUCUGCAGACACCAAGCCAACCCAGGUUGACACAUCCAGAAGCUAUUACAUGUGGUAACUCUGAAUAUUUUGCUUCUGGUAGUAAGGAGCACAAAGACAUUUUUGCUUUAUUCUGCAAAAGUAACAAGUUGGAGACUUUUGUAUUUCUGACUUUGCUAGUUUGUGGCAGAGUGGAGAGGAUGGGUGGAUAUUUCAAAUUUUUUUAGUAUAGCGUAUCGCAAGGGUUUGACACGCUGGCAGCAACUCUAGGCUUCCAGUUAGUGUUUGGUUUUUAUUCUUAUCAUUAUUAUGAUUAUUAUUAUAUUAUUAUUAUUUUAUUUUAGUUGUUGUGCUAAAUUUAAUAAUGCUGUCCUAACUACAAUGCUCAAUAAAAUGAUUAAUGACAGGUGGGGGGGUUCCCCUCUGCUUUUACCAAUAGCAUGACCCCUUCUUCAGAAGCCAUCAAUAGAAAGUACUAUGUCCUCCAAAAAGCUAACAUACAGUUUUGAAGCAGCAUUGAACCUUCUGUAGCAAUCUAGUCUACAGACUUAACUCGAGAAGCUAAGACUAGACUUGUUACCUUUGUUGAAUGAUGUUAGUUGACUGUACUGUAAUGUUGUAUCAACUGAAUUGAAUGUUCGCCUUUCAACAAUGACUUUAGUUCUUCCUCUUUUUUGUAAUAGUUAAAGAGGCUUAGAACAAGCUAACAGGCAAUAGAAAUAUGUAUAUCAGAUUUUUUAAUGUAACAAACUACAUGUUAAUUGUUACUUUAUUCUUUUUAUCUUUAGUAGACACUUUUAAAAAAGAUGAUAAUUUUGUUGUGUUUAACUCACCAACAUGUGGUGUAUAAAGAAGACAGAACUAUAAUAAAUUAGUUUUGUUCUGAUUUUUUAGAA